UCAUUCUGCUGUUGGUACCAGCUGCUGGUCUGGAACGAAUGUAAUGGCCAGAUUGGUGGAGCAACCCCAGAUAUGGAAUGGCUUAUCUGGGGCUUAUCUUCAUGGUCAUGUCAUUUUGAGACACUGUUCUCUCACCCAGGUUGCAGGUCAUCUAACAACGUUUGUGGCUGUCCUUGCUGUCCUGUUUAAGCUUUACUGGACCGGUGUUCACCGGCCUUUGUCGUACCAUCCAACCUAUUGGUACCUCGGUCCUAGGUUCUCCUCUUUCCGCGAGGUAAUCCCCCACCACUGUGAUAUAUAUUUUCCAUUGGUAUUUAGCCUCCAGGUCUAGACCAGCUGUCAAGGUUUCUUCUCCCUUACAACCUUAUUCACUUUUUGUUCAUACUGUAGGGUGCGCUAUCCACGUCCUGCGCAAGGGAGCGUUAUUCAUCAUGGACGCCAAAAUAAAGCCUCUCCUUGAAGCUGCCGUGAAGGAUAAGAAAGUACCAGGCAUUGCCGCUGUGCUGGUGGACUCCGAAGGCAACUUCCUGCUCAAGGAAGCAUUUGGCACCACCAACCUGGAUGACGUGAACGCGGCGCCAUAUACGGUCGACACCACGAUGCAGAUGUUCUCAACUACCAAGCUUGUUGCCUCUAUUGCCGCCCUUCAGCUGGUCGAGCAAGGCAAGCUGUCUCUAUCAGACCCCGUCGAGAAAUAUGAGCCACGCAUUUCCAAGAUGCAGGUCCUCGAAGGCUUCACCGACGACGAGCCAAGCAAGCCCAUUCUGCGCGCACCUAAAUCCAAGCCUACCGUACUUCAACUUAUCACACAUACAACAGGCUUCAGUUACGACUUCUUCGACGAACCCACGCUCAAGUACCGCCUAUCUACUGGCCACCCGCCGGCAGGAUACAGCGGCGAAUCAAAGUUUGAGGACUUCAAUACACCCCUCCUCACAGAUCCAGGGACCAAAUAUAUUUACGGUACCAACAUAGACUGGCUAGGCUGGGUUGUUGAAGCGGUUGCGAAAACGUCGCUUGCCCAUUACGUUGACGAGAACAUUCUCAAGCCACUGGGCAUGAACGAUACUGGCGAGCACUUGAGCGCAGACAAUCCUCGAAUGUACAUGCACUUCGAAGUUGACGGCAAGCUGGUUGUCGUCCCGGAAGUAAGGAAUGCAGCCGAGCCAGAAGAAUAUGGCGGCGGCGGCUAUCUCUGGGGCACCAUCAACGACUACGCGAAGCUCAUGGCGACAGUGCUGAACAAUGGCACGAGCCCGCAUACAGGCAAGUCCAUCCUCAAACCUGAGACAGUCAAGGAGUACCUCUUCACAGACCACCUGCCCUCAGACAUCGACCGGUCGUUGCUGGGCGAGAGUGGCAACUCCAUCCCACAACUUUCGUCUAACGGCUGCUUUUUCCCAACAUUACCACACCAAUCUCGCGGCUGGUCGUGCGGGAUGCUGCUCAAUCUCGAGGAUUUGCCGUACGGACGCAAGAAGAAUAGCGGAGCGUGGGCUGGUCUGGGCAACCUGUAUUACUGGAUUGACCCGACGUCGGGCCUGGCUGGCAUGGUGACCACUCAAGUCUUUCCCUUCUUCCAUCCGGUGCCCCUGAAAAUCUUCGACGAGCUGGAGAGGGUGGCGUAUGGGCAUGAAUUAGCGGGCCCGGAGGACAAUGACAAGAUGAAUCACCGUAGUGACCAUCCGACGCCUUCACAGGCAAAGAUAUAAACAAGUCUUGUUAUUUGUGACAGUGUAAAAA